GGAAACCUAGACUCCAGUGGGGGCGCGCACCUUCAGAAUGUCUUCCACCUUCUUCCGGUGCCAGCGCUGCAACCAGCCCCUGAAGCUCCGUGCAGUGCAGGAAGGGCCCUUGGAAGCCCAGCAGCAUGGCAGCCCCUCCCCAAGGGCCAGGACCUCCAGCAGCCCCCUUCCUGACUGUGGCGAGUCGUCCCAAGAAAGUGCCUGCUCCACCUUCUCUCUGCUUGGUGAGUUGACUGCCCAGAAAACUUUUGCAAUGCAGGAAGGGCCCUUGGAAGCCCAGCAGCAUGGCAGCCCCUCCCCAAGGGCCAGGACCUCCAGCAGCCCCCUUCCUGACUGUGGCGAGUCGUCCCAAGAAAGUGCCUGCUCCACCUUCUCUCUGCUUGGUGAGUUGACUGCCCAGAAAACUUUUGCAAUGCAGGAAGGGCCCUUGGAAGCCCAGCAGCAUGGCAGCCCCUCCCCAAGGGCCAGGACCUCCAGCAGCCCCCUUCCUGACUGUGGCGAGUCGUCCCAAGAAAGUGCCUGCUCCACCUUCUCUCUGCUUGGUGAGUUGACUGCCCAGAAAACUUUGAACACUAUCCAAAAUGUUGUCUUAGAGAACUCUGAAAACCUCUCCGACCAAAAAGAUGUGGACCACCCGCUCUGUGAGGACUGUACGGACAAUCUUUUGAGGGAACUGGAUGCCCAGCUCACUCUAGCUGAAGCUGACACCGAGAAGUACAGACGUUUCGUGAAGAGAGAGUCGCUGGUGAGUGAGGAAGAGAGGGAGGCCUUGCAUGCGGAGCUCCGGGCUGAGCUGCAGAGUCUGGAGCAGGAAGAAGCAAGGCUGACUCAGGAGCUGCAGGACGUAGACUGCCAGCAUGCAAGAAUUGAGGCCGAACUCAGAGCAGCCCAGGCAGAGAGCAGGGAGCUCGAACAACAGGAGGAGGAGGAUUUGAAGGAAUACGCUGCCUUGACAAAGGAACAGCUGGAGCUGACAGAGGAGCUGAGCAGUGUGGAGAACCGGUUGGCGUAUGCCCAGAAGCAGCUGUGGCGCCUGAGAAAGACAGAUAUCUUCAACAUGACGUUUACCAUCUUGGAUGAGGGGCCGCUGGGCAUUAUCAACAACUUAAGGCUGGGCCGCCUCCCUGGCAUCCAGGUGGGAUGGAGUGAGAUUAACGCCGCCUGGGGACAGACAGCCUUGCUGCUCUUCAGUUUGUCCAAGCUAGCUGGACUGCAAUUCCAGAGGUACCAACUAGUGCCCUGCGGGGACCAUUCCUACCUUAAGUCCUUGGCUGGUGAUGGGGUGCUGCCGCUGUUCUCAGAUGGGAGCCACAGAGUCUUCCACAAUAACAAGUUUGAUUGUGGGAUGAAGGCCUUCCUGGACUGCCUGCAGCAGUUUGUGGAGGAGGCUGAGAAGGAAGGCCUCUUCCUGCCCUAUAGGAUCCACGUGAAGGGAGGGGUGCUGGAGGAUACCAGGGGCAGUGGCGAGUGCUGCUCCAUCAGUACCCACCUGAACUCAGAUGAGGAGUGGGCAAAGGCUCUUAAAUUCAUGCUUACCAACUUAAAGUUGAUUCUUGCUUGGGCUUCGUCAAGGUACUGUUUUAAGGUGGAACCAGACUGGAGCCAUUUUAAAUAAAACUUCCAUUUUGAAUAGGGGUCAAAUAAAGUUUAAGUUCCCAAGACCUCCGUGGGUAAAUGACAUCCUGCUUGGCAGAGAGAGACAUGCAUGUGGGUAAGUGAUAUCCUGGCUUCUAGUUAAGACUCUGGAAUGAGUGGGGGGCAAGCCACCCUGGCACACUGGAGUAAGUCAACUAAUGACAGCAAGAUAUGUGUACCACAUAGAUAAAUGUUCCUAGGAAUGUCCCCUAUCCCCGAAUCCUGAUGGGUAGAAAAAUGUAACCGUAACUUGGUACAGAUGAUUUUUCAGGCAUAAAAGCAUUGUAAUGUUCUGGCUUAAGGCUCAGCUCCCGAGUUUGUUUUGCAACUCUAGUCAAUCAGUAGCAAACCCCAAUUUUUUUGUUUUUUGCAUUGGCUUGGUGUGCGAGUUGUGUUGGCUCCAAGUGGACUCCAUGGUGCUAGGACAAUGAACUCAUCUUCUAGAAUACUAGGGAAAUAAGGUGGCACGACUCAAGAUGUGACACGUUUGUGAUCCAGAGAUCGUUUUGUCUUUGAGAGUUCUUAGUAGCUCAGGUGGACCGUAAAUCCUCGACACUCCUCCUCCUUAGUCCCGAGUGCUAGGAUUACAUGAACCCACCAGGAAUGAGUUUUAAAAUAUUGCCUCAGAGGCCCUUGGUUUAUCUCUAGUACCAGUUCUGUGUUAUUUGCUGAGAGUGACCCAGAUGUCACUGCUGCACUGUGGUCUUUUUUCCUUGUAUCUUUUCUCUGGUUCCUCUUCACCCAGGCAUUCAAAAUGAUAGGGGAAAAAAUCCAAAGACAUAAGAUCACUCUUGCAUUAAAAAAAUGAUAGAGAUGAGGAGGGAAUUGUCCAGAGAUGAGUGGAGUCGGGGUAGCGAGGAGAAAAGCUGGUUUGAACUUUCUGAGAAAACUGUGAUGGCUCUACUGUGUGGAAUGAACCUUUGGAGGGCGGCAGUCAUGAGGUCAGAUGUCGGAGUGUGAAGGUUUUGAGUUUUGUAAUGCUUGAGCCUCCCCUUUCAUCUCUAAGACAAUUUCAAUAAAGGUUUACAUUUUCUGAAAUAAAAAGGAAACCUGUAUCAGAAAGCAUGAGAACAUAUAUGCCAUUGGUUUUGCAGAGGGGGAGAGAGAGUA